CAAUCGUCUUUCUUUUAAGUUUUAAGCUGCAAUUCGAAACCCCCAAGGGAAAAAAAAAAAAAACACAUCCAAAGAACCCAAGUCCUUCCCUAUUGCAUGCCUUUAAAUUUGAUUUCAUGGAUGUAACAAGCACACCGGAUAGAAAAGAAAUGGAUCGGAUCAAAGGUCCAUGGAGCCCCGAAGAAGAUGAGUUGCUCCAGCAGCUGGUACAGAAACAUGGCCCCAGAAACUGGUCUUUGAUCAGCAAAUCAAUCCCCGGCCGAUCCGGUAAAUCCUGUCGGCUCCGAUGGUGCAAUCAACUGUCACCGCAAGUUGAGCACCGUGCCUUCACCCCGGAAGAAGACGAGACCAUCAUCCGAGCACAUGCCAGGUUCGGUAACAAGUGGGCCACCAUAGCCCGACUCCUCAACGGCCGUACCGACAACGCCAUUAAAAACCACUGGAACUCCACGCUAAAACGUAAGUGCUUGCCGGUUGGGGAAGAGUGUAAUUUCGUUGCUAAUGGAGGGUAUGAUGGUAAUCUGGGAGGAGAGGAACGGCAACCGUUGAAAAGAUCGGUGAGUGCUGGUCUAUACAUGAGUCCAGGGAGCCCAUCGGGAUCGGAUGUGAGCGAUUCUAGUGUUCCCGUCUUAUCGUCUUCUCACGUGUACAAGCCGAUCCCAAGGACCGGCGGUGUUAACGUUGAUGUAAAUGUUACGCCAGCUGGAGUGGAAGCGGCAUCAUCUUCCAACGAUCCACCGACCUCACUGAGUCUGUCUUUACCGGGGGUGGAGUCAUGCGAGGUGGUGUCAACCCAGCCAAUAACCGAGUCAACUCAGAAUCGGAGUGAAGAAAGGGGAGGUGGGGUGAUGGGGUUCAGUGUGGAGUUUAUGGCGGUGAUGCAAGAGAUGAUAAGGGUUGAGGUGAGGAAUUACAUGACCCAGAUGCAGCAACAGCAGCAGCAACAAAACGGCGCAGUUUCGGGAGGAGCGGGAAUGGGGAUGUGUUUGGAUGGGGGGUUCAGGAAUCUUAUGGCUGUGAACCGAGUCGGGGUGAGUAAGAUCGAGUGAAAGGUUAAAAAUGAGAGUAAAAGAUGAGAAAAAACUGGGCUGUGUUUUUUCUUGGUAUGGGAAUUAGGCGGUGAAUAAUUUUGUUCAUUUUACGGAGAGAGAGAUGGGUGAAAAAGCUGAAAAAUGACCGAGUAAAAGAAAAAAACAGAGACUUUUCUAAUUAAAAUUUACCUGUCUCUUAGCCUUGUUUUUAGUAGAUAUUAGUGAAGGAAGACAACGGAAAAAAAGAAAGGGAAAAAAUUCCCAUUGAAAUUUCAA